ACAUUCCAAUCACCCGCCAUAUCCGGACUAUUGCCACGCUGGCAAUCCGAGCGAACAUUGGACGUACCAAUCAAAACGCACCGCUUCAGUCUAUAUAAUAACGCCACCCCAUAUUCGCUCCAUUCCCACCAUCAUAAAACUCUUUUGAAACAAAUCUCUUCGUCUCUCCCCCUCAGUAUUCGAAUUUCUAUCAUUUUUUCACAGAGAAUCCAACCAUGAGCUCUCAAACUAUCUCUGCCAAGGGAGGAAGAGGCCGAUCCAAAGAUACCAAGUCGGUCUCCAAGUCAGCGAGGGCCGGUCUUCAGUUCCCCGUCGGCCGGGUCGCUCGCUUCCUGAAAAAAGGACGGUACGCUGAGCGAGUCGGAUCCGGUUCUCCGGUUUAUCUUUCUGCCGUUCUCGAGUACCUUGCUGCUGAGGUUCUGGAGUUGGCGGGGAAUGCAGCUAGAGACAACAAGAAGAACAGGAUUGUUCCGAGGCAUAUUCAACUUGCGGUGAGGAACGACGAGGAGUUGAGUAAGCUGUUGGGGGGUGUGACGAUCGCCAAUGGUGGGGUGUUGCCGAAUAUUCAUCAGAAUUUGUUGCCGAAGAAAUCCGGCAAGGGAAAGGGCGAGAUUGGAUCUGCGUCGCAGGAGUUUUAGGGUAGGAGAAAUAGUUGUUUGGGAAUUAGGGGUGGGGGGUUAUUUGGGAAUUUGAAGGAGCAUACAGAAGUCUGAUGUAAUGAAAGUUUCAAAACUCAUCUGUAAAAAAAUCUUCUUUUUUGAGUAAUGGGAAUUAAGAAUUGACUUUGUUCA